AAACGCUGUCUGCUGUUCUGUGAGUAUCGGUGUUUAUUCUCAACUUAAAUGUCAAGGAUGGAUUUAAUUUUCGUUUUUCGUCCACUAAAAUACAUUCAUUAAGUCUACGUGACUGCAACAUUUUUCUCGGAGUCAAAAUGUUCCGUUUAACUCGAUUUGCUAUAAGGCCAAUAUUAUGUUCAUUUCCAAUUAUUGGGGGUAAGGGUGAUAAUCCGUAUGAUAGGCCUAAAAAUGUAAUAAAUACCACUGAAAAACCAUUGAACGAUGAAUUGGGUUGGGAUCGAGUGAAAAAAAUAUUUAGAAGAGACGAAUACGGUACGCUUACCAAAGAAUUACAAUCCAUCGUAAGUGUGACGUUAUCAGGUAGUGUAUGUGGUAUGAUCAUUGGAGGUUUGAGAACAACACAAAGGACCGUAGAUAAUUUCAUUGCGAGUAAUGAAGCGACAAGAUUUGAUAAUCAUCUGCAUGCAAAAAAUAGUCUUCACCAGAAAGUGUUGGAAAAUUUCAUAUCAAAGGGUGGAGGACUGGGAAUAAAACUUGGAUUCUUUUGUUUUAUGUUUAGUUUUAUAACAACAUGCACGACGGCAUAUCGAGGGAAACUAAGCAUAGAGAAUUAUAUCUUGGGUGCUUCUGUGACAGGAUUACUAUUUAGAGUAAACAUGGGGAUUCGAGGAGCACUUGUUGGUGCUACACUUGGUGGUACGUUAGGUGCAGUGUGUGGUAUUGUUUCCAUGCUGAUUCUUAGUUUGUCAGGAGUUUCUAUAGAUGAGGUGCUAGAAGCGCAAAGACAAUGGAUAGUUUCGAGAAAACAGAUAGGAGAGGAGAACAUGAAAAGAGGUAUGGCUCAAGAAAAGCCAGAAAUACAACAAAUGAUGGAAGAGACUCAAAAACUGAGGAUAUUGCAGAAAAUGCAAAAUGUUGAAGAUAGUAAAACAUGAGCCAGUGUUAUUUAAUGCAAAUAAAUCUUGUACAUACACCA